CUCGUUAUAAAAGCAGACGAUCAUUGGGACAAACGAUCACAGUUCACUUGCAACGUUUUCGAGAUCAUAUCCAAUCGAUCAACGCACUCAACUGUGACCAUGAAGGGAUUCAUCGCGAUCGCUGUGUUGGCUCUGGCCACCGUCUCCCAGGGAUCAUAUCUGCCAGCGGUGCAGUCGGUCCUUCCGUACGCCUACAGCUCUGGACUCCAUGGCGUGAGUGCCUAUGAUGGUCUGGGCCAUUACUCGUCGCUCGGUGGACUAGGAUACUCAUCGGUACUAGACCAUGGCCUCUCUUACCCGUACUCGGCCGCUCUUCCGUACUCUGGCUACAACAACGGUCUGUAUGGAGGAUACUAUGGCGCCAAGUACGCUCCGACUGUGGUCCAGGCCAACGUGAACACUCUGAAGACGGUCAGCCCGCUGGGUCUGUAUAGCGGAUACUACGGUGCCAAGUACGCCCCAACUGUGGUCCAGGCCAACGUGAACACAUUGAAGACGGUCAACCCACUGGGUCUGUAUGGAGGAUACGGUGUGGAGCACGGAUACGGACUCGGUCAUGGAUACGGCUACGGAUACAACAACUACCUCCCAGUCCAGGGUCAUGCUGCGAAGUACGUUGCUGCCAACCCAGGAGCCGUUCAUGUGGCCCCUCUGCCAGGCCAUCUGGUCAACCAGAAGUCGAUUGUGGCGUAAAUGACUGUGAUCUCGAUCAAAUGUAUGUGGAAUUGUAAAUAAAUGGAACAUUCAA